CCAAUAAUGUCCCAAAAGCGUUGAUAGAAACCGGGAUUAAAACCAUCCACCCCUGGUGCUUUGUCUGGUGCAUAGCAAACACAGCUUUUUUCACUUCCUCAACCGUAUAAGGCUGCAGCAAAAAAGCAUUAUCUUCACAGGAGACAGAAGAUGGGAUAAUCUCAGUUACAGCUUGGUGUGCACCAUUUUGAGGUGUGAAUAGUUUGACAAAAUACUGCACAAUGAUGUCCUCUAAGCCAUUAUUCCAUCCACGCCAGGUACCACUUUCAUCUUUAAGUUUUUCAAUAUUGUUUUUCCUUUGCAUAUCUGUUGCUUUUGCAUGAAAAUAUUUAGUGUUCCGAUCACCUUGUUUUAACCAAAACACUUUUGCUCUUUGCUUCCAAUACUGCUCCUUUUGAUAUAGUAAUUCGAAAAGUCGUCUAUGAGCUCUUCUGAAGGUAAGACGGCUUUGGUGGUCCCUACGACCUCUUGCUCUGUUCAUGUGAGUUCUCAUGAGUUUAAUUUCUGCAGCAAAACUAUCACGCCAUUCAUCCCCCCCACGCCUUCAAUCUUUCUGAACACAGCCUUAGUUUUUCUUCAAGGUACUGGGACUGAAAGAAAUUCCAGCAAUCCAUCAUCAAAGAUCGGCAGGCCGGGUCUUUACCCCAGGAGUUCUCAUAGCGAAAACGAUGAGCUUGAUGCUUUGGGAUCCAUACCUUCAGUUGCACACAGAUGGGUAGAUGAUCUGAUGAAGAGAAGUCAUAUGUGGUAGCUCUUGCCAAAGGGAACUUCUGCCUCCAUGAACCCGAAGUUAAGAAACGGUCCAACUUCUCCUCCACACGUGAAUUGUCAUCCCUUCCAUUGUCAUAGGUAAAUUUGUAUCCGGACAUGGGAAGUUCAGAUAGCCCAGCAUCAAAAAUGGCACUUUUGAAAGCUUCCAUGAGAUAUUGAGGUUUAGGCAACCCCCCUCUCUUUUCUGAUUGAUCAAGAAUGGCAUUAAAGUCUCCUCCACAGAUGCAAGGCAGUGUAUUAACUUGAGCCAAUUCUCGCAAGAGAUCCCAAGUGAUAUUCCUUCUUGCUUGAUCUGGAUGGCCAUAAAAACCUGUGAAUCUC